CACAAAUAAUAGUGGUUCUCUUCGGCAGGUGCUAGGCGGCUCCCCCUUGCGCCCAAGGCAAUCCUGAUCCGCCUCCAAGGUGUCCCGUCCCCCUCGCGAUUUCUUCUAGUAUCUGAAUCAGAUCUCUCUGCGUCCAGAUCCAUCUCAGUUUACCACUUCCUUGCAUUACUUGUGGUAAGUCGAGAUCCAUCCAUGGAAGAACUGAUGAAGGAAGCACACGCCCUGUUCUGCGGUGGCUGGGGUGUAAAAGAGUCUCAGGUUUUCAUGAGCACGCUCCAACAUCUAUUAACGGCGGCGACCCAGACCGACGACCCUGACGCCGCAAAGACGAGGUGCUGGGCGACUCCCCAGCGCUGGCUACUCACGCUAGACACGACUUCGCUGCGCGCCGCGCUGUGGAACCCCUCGACCAAGAAGAAGGUCGACCUCCCAUCAAUGGACAAGGACUUGCCCCAGAACUGCAAGUGCCUGCUGUCGCGCGAGCCCGAUUCUCGGGCGGGCUGCGUGGUGCUGGUCGUCGACGACGACGAGCCAGUGAUCUGGUUCUGCCGCGUCGGAGGCGCGCAGUGGAGCAGGCAUGAGUACGACAUCACCGUCGAAAAGCCACGGGGUUCUCAUGCCGUCGUCCUGCUGAAAGACGAAGAUGAACUCGCGCGCUUCUCUCGUGACGGAGAAACAGUGCCAUCGGUAUUCGUCCUGGAGAAACACAACUGGACAGGAGUAAGAGUAUCGUCGAGUAGUGGUAAUCCCGGCGGCAGCCGUUCGGAGAGGCUCCAGAUACGGAGCAUCGCCGCCGUCGACGGCAGGUUCUACUUCGACGUGUCCGCCUCGAAGCUCGGCGUCCUCGACUUCCUCCCGGGCCCGGUGUUCACCACGCUCGACACGGAGCGACUACGAGUCGAGCGGAGCUGCUGGGAGCUGGCCUUCUCCCACCUGGUGGAAUCCCGAGGGAGGCUCUACCUGCUGGCUAUGACCGGGAGUGCUCUGUCCAGCAUGGAACUCUACGAGAUGGAUUUCUCCAAGCUCGCGUGGUCACCGGUGGAUCGCGUCUACGAUCAGGUCUUCUUCCUGGGCAGGCUGCGUUUCACGGCGUCGUGCUCUGCGUGGGAGCUUGGUCUGACGCGGGCGAGGCUUGCCUGCUCUGCGAAAAUGCUCCCAUCCGUGCUCCGUGGCAAAGCAGUAGCUCCUCCACGGCCGGCGAACACAGCGAUGUUGAUCUGCUUGCUUGUCGGAGCGGGAGGGUUUGCUCCAUGCUCGUCCCAUCGCGACGCUCGUGAGCGAACUGCGCACCAACCCUGCGGCCACGACGUCCCUCGCCCCGCGCGGCGCUCGUAGGCGAGCUGCGCGCCGUUCCUGAGGCCGCAGCCUCCGUCGCCCGGCGCGGCGCUCGGCGGUGAGCUGCGCGCCGUUCCUGAGGCCGCAGCCUCCGUCGCUCGGCGCUUCGCUCGUUGUCGAUCUGCGCGCCGUUCCUGAGGUUGCAGCCUCCUGUCGCCGGGCGCGGCGCUCGUCGGCGAGCUGCGCGCCGUUCCUUCUCGGCGGUCACCUUCGUGGCCCUGUUUGUCGCGUUUGUCGCGCCCCAGCUACUGAGCUUCGUCCAGCACGUACCAUAACAUGGCUGCGAAGACUUGCCGUGGUUGAAGGACUGGGAGAAGACAUUGGAUCAGAGAGAGGGAAGAACGCAAUGGAAGACAUAGCUUACAUUUGGGGGAUCUGAUUCCUCAUUGGUCCCGGCAAGAAUUGGUGAAGACGCCAUCAAGUUCCUCGUAUCCCUCUGUUGGAUCUAUAUUUGUAGAUAGAUUUGAUGGAGGUGUAUGAUGUGGUCUGUUUGGAGUAACUGUGUACGGGAAAAGU